AUGGGGAGAUCUCCUUCUUGUGAGAAAGUGGGGUUGAAGAGGGGACGAUGGACAGCAGAAGAAGAUGAAAUAUUAACCAAGUACAUUCAGCUCAAUGGAGAAGGAUCCUGGAAGUCUUUACCCAAGAAUGCAGGUUUGUUGAGGUGUGGGAAGAGCUGCAGGCUGAGAUGGAUAAAUUUGAGGCCAGACUUGAAGAGAGGGAACUUCACUGCUGGAGAGGAAGAAACCAUUGUUAAGUUGCACAGCAGUUUGGGGAAUAGGUGGUCAUCGAUAGCAGCAGAGUUGCCAGGACGAACGGACAAUGAGAUAAAAAAUUACUGGAAGACUCAUUUGAGGAGAAAAAUUUACAGCUUCACCAAGAAAAUACAUGAUGGCUCCACCUAUGGAGGCUCGGCUUUGCAGAGUGAAUUUGCGGUGGUGGAUCCGAGUGGGGAUGGUUGCUUUGACCACAAGGAAGAGAAUGGCGGUAUCAUGGUUAUGACUGAGGAGAUGGACAGUGAAAUCCCAGAGUCCAAAAGUGAUGACGAGGAAAGAGGGAGCUGCAGCACUUGGAACUCGGAUUGUGGGAGGAGUUCCGGAGAGUUGCAGGUGUGUCGUUCAUCACCAUGGAAAUUGAUGGUUUGA